CAGAAGGCAGCAUGCAGACGCUGUCCGAGGCAUGUUUCUGUAGACAAGUGCAAAGCACACAUACGUGUGCAGCAAAAUGCUUCGAACAUGGCUCGAGCUGUGUCCGCAAAUAGUCACGUCUGCAGCGAACACUGAAUCUUUUGUAAGCAAAUCAACCAUUCGACCGUGGCUUUGGGGUGUCAAGGAUCAGGUAGACUCUGACGUCAUCGUGGAAGUACCCAAAUAGCCGAAGCACAUGUGGAUGCCUGUGGAGAAAACAAAUGAGCGUCAAUUCUAAGCGCGAAAAAACGAAUGCUUCGGACAGGCCGCGCAAGGACGCAUCUUGAAGACUGACCUCAGGCUGGCACGUGACGCAGAAAAUACCUAGAAAGCGCACCUUUUGCUGGAGGUCUCGGACGGCUUCCGAUCUUCCUUUGGUUCGGCGGUGGUCUGAGAUGCGUUGGAGGUGCACGGCUGCGCAAACAUACCGAGCAGAAAAAGAUUACAACGAAAUUUCCGGGAUGCAGAGAGACAAAGAAAUGACGGAACAAAAUGAACUGGUUACCACAUUCUCCUUGUCGGCCAUGAAGAAAAAUCUGCGGAAGAAAAAUACAAAGUGAGCAAGCACUGCCAGCCACUGCCAGCCAUCCGUAUCCAUCCAGAACCGUCGGACAUCAUGGCGGUCUCCGUGAGUUGGCGUGUGUUUGACACGGGUUUACUGCUUGCGCUGCUUUUACUAUGCACUCUUCAAGCUGAUGCCAAGAAAUCAAGCGGACGCGAUUUAAUUGAAGACAUUGUUGACAUGAAACAGUACAAAAAGCUCCUGCGCACAAAGAAAAAUGUCAUGAUCCUCUACACUCGAAGCGCAAAAGAUGCCGUGGAACCUCUGAAAAUAUGCAGUGAUGUGGCCUUAGAGCUGAAAGGCCAAGCCACCCUGGCAUCUGUUGACUGCAGUGGGGAGGGCAAGAAGUUAUGCAAGAAGCUGAAGGCUGUACCAGAUGCUGGGGCUAUAUUAAAACAUUACAAAGAUGGAGAAUUUCACAAGGACUACGACAGAAAACUGACACCAAAGUCCUUGUCAAACUUUCUGAAAGACCCAACUGGGGACAUACCUUGGGAGGAAGAUGAGGAAAGCGUCGAUGUUGCUCACGUUCCUGACGGCGACGAACUCAGGAAGCUGUUUCAGAGAGAAACAUCACCUAUCCUCAUCAUGUUCUAUGCACCCUGGUGCGUCUUCUGCAAGCGUCUAAAGCCAGACUAUGCCAAGGCUGCUACCGAGCUGAAAGGGCACUCUGUUUUGGCUGCCAUGGACCUCAGCAAGCCUGAGAAUGCCGUGGUUCGGCAUCACUACAAUGUUACCGGUUUUCCAACUUUGAUUUAUUUUGAGGCCGGAAAUUUGAAGCACAAGUAUGAAGGUGAAAACAACAAGGAAGCCAUUGUGGCUUUUAUGAAAAAUCCGGAGAAGAAGGCCACAAAACCAAAGGAAGAGGCCUGGUCAGACACCCCUAGCGAUGUCGUGCAUCUGACGGAAGCCACGUUUGACGAUGCCCUACAGAGCACAGCGUCCCUCCUUGUCAUGUUCUAUGCCCCAUGGUGCGUCCACUGCAAAAAGAUGCAUCCCGAGUAUGUGUCAGCUGCCGCUACGCUCAAGAAAGAACAGAUUCCCGGGACCCUGGCUGCGGUAGAUGCUGUCAAGGAAAAAGCACUUGGAAAGAAGUACAAUGUCUCCGGUUACCCAACAGUCAAGUAUUUUGAGAACGGCCAGCAUGCUUAUGAUGUGCAACUUCGAACUGCUGCCAAGAUAGUGGACUUUAUGAAAGAUCCCAAGGAGCCGCCGCCACCGCCACCGCCUGAGGUUCCUUGGAGCCAGGUGCCAAGCGAGGUGGUGCAUCUGGACGAGGCAAACUUCAAACCUUUCCUCAAGCGCAAGAAGCAUGCCUUGGUCAUGUUCUACACCAACUGGUGUGGCCACUGCAAACGAGCAAAGCCAGAAUUUGCCGGUGCUGCUGAGAAACUCAAGGAUGAUCCAAAGGUGGCCUUUGCAGCGGUGGAUUGCACAGAGCAGAGCGCUGUGUGCAGCGCAUACGACGUCGGGGGCUACCCUACCAUCAAGUACUUCAGCUACCUAAAGACACAGUCGGAAUACAACAGGGCCAAAACUGUUGCGGACUUUGUCAGCUUCAUUCGAGAGCAGAGCGAGGCCAGCACGACCGCUCCUCCCGCGUCCCCACCCAUUCCCGCCCCAGCGUCUCCCGGCUUCUGGUCCGACGUGCCUGGAGCAGACCAUGUCAAGCUGCUCACAACCAAGGACUUCCAGGCGUUCGUCGAGGGCCAGGACUCCGUUUUAGUCAUGUUCUACGCCUCCUGGUGUGGGUUCUGCAAAGACUUUAAGCCAAUAUUUGCUGAAGCUGCCCUCAAGCUUCAUGAUCAGAAGGUUCCUGGGGUGCUUGUUGCUGUGGAUGCUGCCGAGGAGAAGUCUCUGGCAACUAAGUACAAGAUCAGAAGCCUUCCUACAGUUCAAUAUUUCAGGCGGGGCAAAUUCGUGGCUGAGUAUGACAGGAAGAAGAGGGCUGCCAAGGACCUUGUUGACUUCAUGAAGAGUCCUCCAACGGCAAGGAAAGAAGAGUUAUGAGGCUACAGCCUAGCCAGUCCCCAAAGUGUCACCUGGACCUACCUGGACACUACAAUACUCCUCACUCAGCACAGCCUGGUUGUCAUUGUUUGCUCAUCCUUCAGGGCAUCAACUUGAUUGAUGCCUUUGGAGAGUCAGGUGAUGCUAUGGAGGACAAGACAAGCUUUCCAGGGCUUUUUUUUUUUUUGGUGUUUAGUAGUCUGAUUGGCUUUUAUCUUGCUAUUUCUAGGAGCUCAUUAUCUCUGUAAACUGCCGGUAUUUUGUUUUUUACACUAUGCUACCUAAAUGCCAAUCCACCGCUUUUCUGGUACUCAGUGUCACUGUGGACAUGCCAACUUUUCUACAAGUUCUGGGACGAUGUGUUCCUGAAUCUUUUCUUGUCAUUUCACAGUUCCUGGCUGUAGUUAGUGACACUUGAGAUCAUUAGGAAACCUCUUUUUCUUAAUAAUUUGUUAUGGCUACAUUCCACUACCAUUUAGUUUGGGAAGCUUUUUCUUUUUUUUUGCAUAACUUUGUGCAACUUUUGCUAUGCAUGUUUACAAAAGCAGUAUUGAUGUUAUACAUUUCCUUUUUUAGCAGAUUUUGUUCUGUGUUAGUAGUCACUGUCCACGUUUAUCGUUUUCCUUGAACUGUGCAAUGUUCAGGUGCUAAUCUAUUUUCUGCGAAGAAGGCAACUGGGGACUUUUUGUGGUCCUGCAGUGCACAGUGCACGGAACUAUUUUAGGUUUCACGCUCAGAACCGCACUUGUGUAAGGCGGCCACACAAAUGUGCCAAGUCAAAGUGAGGGGGAAGGGGGAGUGUUGAUGCAUGUCUGCUGUUACCGAAUGAACGCUUCACACCUGCAUGGAAAUAGUACGAGUAGCAACUUGAGAUUCCUAGCUAUGUCGAUUUUAUGGUUUCAAAGGGGAGCAUUGUAUCGUCAUGAGGGCUUGAUAUUUGUGCCCGAGAGAAACGUGACAUGUGUUUUGUGAUGCACUGACUGAGCAUGGAGGUUUGCUACCAUUACAGUGCCAAGCAAAUUUGUGUUGAUAAGCAUAAGGUCCACAUCUCCCAUGUCAGAUACAAAGGUAGGCCCAAUUUCAUUCUUAAAUCUGCAGAUGUUUGAAUGUUUGGAUUUGAAGCAGAUUUUACUUGUGUACAUUGAGAAUUUAGAUCUUAUUUAUGCUUCUGGGUGAGUGCAUAGUGGUAAUCCUAUUAUCAUGUUUUCACAAAAUCUCUCGACAGUGAAAAGUGAAGUUAUUUGUUGUCUUAGAAACAGCUCAAAAAUCUUUAUUACUCUUUUGGAAAUCGGGUUUCACUCCUAAAUAUGUGAAUAGUGGCACCUGUAUGAUAGAAUUGUCUCUAUUUCAAUUAGUGGGACAAGAGUUUGGAGUUUAGAGUUAAGGAAUGUAUGAUUAUUGCCUUGAGUAAUGGUGUGAUGACUAUGGAGGGACCUGUGCUUUUACUCUUCUUUUUUUUCUAGCCUGAGAAUCUUCUUUGGAGAUUUGUUUAGAGAGCAUGUUGACUCUUACAUGAUGCUUACAGCAUUGUGUCAUAAUUUGCAAGAUAAAUUUUUCUUUUCAUGCAAGCUGUGUUUUAUUAUUGCGCUUACCUUAUAUUGUCCCCUGUUGGUUACACAUGCCAUUACAGCUCGCUUUUUACAGUGGCAGCUGUUAGUGUUUCUUUCUGGCGAAAUUCGGUGGCGUCCGUACGCGAAAUCCCACGUGAUGGCAGGGCACACCGCAUCCCAUUGCUGCCGUGCUAUCCCUAUGUCUACCCAUCGUCGUCGCCCCUGGCACAACCAGGUCAUAUAUGGCAAAAUGCGCUGUCACUUCUCUCUCUCUCUCCUUCUCUCUCCCCCUAUUUUUUCUCCUCUCUCUCUCUCGCCAUCGUCCACACGGCAGCAGCUUCGAAACUGCAGCUGCCGCUGCUUCGGGGUUCUGAAAAACUCUCUGCCAAAUCUACAAAAAAAAAAAAAAAAAUGCAAUGUUUCGACGCUUUUCACACAUCUCCUACACCCAUUCUACUAAAAGACAAAGCUCCUAAAGCAAAUAAUCUAAAGCACAUCUUUCAACAACACAACAGCUGCCGCCGUCAAUUGCAGCACACUUUGUGCAGUCGUUUGCAAUUUUUUUUCUAUCAUUUUCCGUUUGAAUGUUAAAUGGAUAGCUAAACUGUAAUAAAAUGUUUUUACUAUUGCUUA